CUCCGAUUCCUCUCUCCACCACCAACAACCAACCACCACCAAACCAAUCCCCUCGGAUUAGAUCAACCACACAUCAAAAUGCCUCACAAACACAAACGCAGACAAAAAGACGCCGACACAUACGACCUCCCCCCCACGCGAAUCGCCAAAUCCCUCCCCGUCCGCGACCCGGCCAGCGCUACCACCAAAACCGCCAAAACCGGGGGACCCAAGAACCACAACCGCAAGAAACCCGGCGGUGCCCCGCGCAAAGAGCAGCCCCAGAAGGCCACCAAGCCGACUCCCAAAAACGCCGCCGCGGCGCUGGCGGCCACCUCCCGCGCCAAAUCCGCCUUCGAUGACGAUGACACCCCGCGCGCGUUCCGGCGCUUAAUGCAGCGGCAGCAAUCACAGGCGGCGGCUGCUGCUGCCGCCAAGAGGAAUAAUAAUCAUGGGGAUAGUGAUGAUGAUGAUGAUGACGACGACGGGGAGGACGUUGUUCCGACUAGCAAGAGUAAUAAGAAGCGGAAGCGCGGCGAGGGGGAUGCCGGUGGUAACGCCCAGAAAAAUAAGAAGAAGAUGGCCACGGCAACGGCAACGGCAACAGCGCCGGAAGCUGGGUCGACGGAUGCGAUGGUGGUAGCAGCACCGAAGAUUAUGCCGGGGGAGAAGUUGUCGGAUUUCGCGGCGCGUGUGAACCGGGAGAUGCCGCUGUCUGCGAUGAAGCGCUCGAAUAAGCCCGCGGCGGCGGAGCUGGCGAAUAUCCGCGAGCAUAAGGUCACGAAGCAUGAGAAGCAUCUGCUGCGGCUGCAGGCCAUGUGGCGGAAGGAGGAGGCGGAGAUUGUGGAGAAGGAGCGGGCGCAGCGCGAGGAGCGCGAGGAGGAGAUGGACGAGCAGUUGCAGCUGUGGAAGACGUGGGAGGCCGAGGCCGGCAAGCGCAAGGCCAAGAAGAAGGGGUCCGGGAAUAAGAAGCGGAAGGAUGGCACGGCAGAUACGGUCGAUGAUGAUCCGGAUCCGUGGGCCAAGUUGAACAAGCGCGAGCGCGUGAAUAAACCGCUCAAUCCCCUGGAUGUCGUGCAGGCGCCGCCGCAGCUGACCAAGCCCAGGGAGGUCUUCAAGAUCCGCGGCGGUGCCCGGGUGGAUGUCGCCAACGUGCCGGCGGCGGUGGGCAGUCUGAGGCGCCGUGAGGAGUUGGCGACGGAGAGACGCAAUAUCGUCGAGGAAUAUAGACGGUUGAUGGCCGAGAAGAGGAAGGCAGCCUGAGUGAUCGGCUUGGAAUUACUACCAUUUUCUACUUGGGAGCGGAAUUUUGGUCGGCGUGUGAGGAGUGAAAAGACAAUAUCCUUAUUGCAAAAAAUGGCUUUUUAUGUAUAUACAAAAGAAUUCCUUAAUGUCCCGUAACCCCUGGAUAAUACCCGCCUUACAUGUGCUGUACCUAGUACUGGCUUUACUCCUGCUGCACGGCCUUGAU